UUUAUAUGGGUGGGCAUAGAAUAUGUUCCCAAACCCAUAGCAAACAUUACAUCUUCAAUCAUCUUCUCCAACUUUCUAAAAUUCCGCCAUGGCAGUAAGCAACAACAUAAUAGCCACCAUAAACUUCAUAGCCCUCAUAUGUUCAAUCCCAAUCAUCUUCACCGGCAUCUGGCUCGCCUCCAAACCCGACAACCAAUGCAUACGCUCACUCCCCUGGCCCAUCAUCUUCCUCGGCGUCCUCUUCCUCCUCCUAGCUCUCACCGGCUUCAUCGGAGCUCACUGGAACAACCAAGGCUUAUUAUCCUUUUACCUUUUCUGCAACGCCGCCCUCAUCGUCACCGGAAUCAUCCUCCUCAUACUCGCCUUCAUCGUCACCCACCCUUCCGGCGCAUACUCCGUUCCCGGUCGGGAGUAUGACGAGUAUCGUUACAUGGGGUACUCGGAAUGGCUCCGGGAGCAUAUCACCGAUCCAGAGAACUGGCGGAGUAUAAAGGCGUGUUUGGCUUCAUCUUCCAUUUGUUCCAAAAUGGUUCGCGAUUCUUACACUGCACCACAGUUCUUUAAUGCACGUAUCUCAUCUCUUCAGUCGGGAUGCUGUAAGCCUCCGACAGUGUGUGGGUAUCAAUACGUGCAUCCGAUAACGUGGAUUAAUCCGACGAACCCGAUGGGCGAUGUGGACUGCAUCAUAUGGAACAACGACCCGAAUCAACUGUGCUACAAUUGCGACUCAUGUAAAGCGGGAGUGUUAGGGAACCUUCGGAAAGAAUGGAAGGAAGCCAACGUAAUAUUGAUCGUUGCCAUUGUUGCUCUGGUUUUCCUUUAUCUCAUAGCGUUUAAUGCUUACAAGAAUUCACAAGCUGGACCCAAAAAGUAAACUAGACUAGUUCUUUAAUGAGUAGUACGUUAUGUAUUAGAAGUUGUAAUGCGGAAAAGGUUUGUUUUGUUGAAGCUAGUGGUGUGCAAUGCAUA